UUGUUCUGAUAGACAUUAAAAUCGGGUCAAUUCAGAGCACACGUUAUGCAGCUUACUACCCCUCGGUUUCCUGUCGUCAUCAAGAUAGGCCAUGCACACGCAGGAAUGGGAAAGGUUAAGGUAGAUAAUCAUCAAGACUUCCAAGACAUUGGCAGUGUCAUCGCCAUCACCAACUGUUACGCCACUACAGAAUCAUUCCUGGACGCCCAAUAUGACAUCAGAGUGCAGAAAAUUGGCAACACCUACAAGGCUUUCAAGAGGACUUCAAUUUCUGGGAACUGGAAAGCCAACACAGGGUCUGCUGUAGUGGAGGAGAUGCCCAUGAACGGCAGGUUCAAGUUGUGGAUAGACGAGGCUGCAGAGUUGUUUGGAGGAAUGGAUAUUGUCACAGUGGAAGCUAUACAUACUAAGGAUGGCAAGGAUUUUAUCAUUGAGGUGAAUGAUUCUUCCAUGUGUCUAAUGGGUGAGAAACAAGAAGAUGAUAGGAAAGCAAUAGCAGAGCUUGUUAUUCAGAAGAUGCAUGCUGUUAUCAUCAAAAACACCAUCAGUACAAAAGUAAGUUCCUCCUCAUUGCUGAGCACCAGCCCAGCUCCAAGCAUCUCUCGUUCUGCACCCCACUCCCCAUCUGCUACCUCCCCCCAGACCACUCCCUUCAGGCCCUCCAACAACCACACCCCAAACAGCGUCAGGUCCUUGGGCGCCGCCAGCACAACAUCCACAUCCAACGCAACAGCUGGAGGGUCUCAGGCGUCAUCGUCGGCCAGGGCGACGCCCACAGAAGACGAAGAUACCUUUAAGAACCUCAAGAAAACCUUUGCAAGCAUCUUUGGUGAUUUGUGAUUACUUUAAUACUAUUUCAUUUGAACUCCAAGGAAUCAUUAGGCUAAGUUUGAAUUGUCUCUUUUCAUUGUAUACACAUUCUCUGUUCAUUUCUUUUUACAUGAUUUCAUCGCUUGAGAGCAUAAAGGGCGUUCACUCAAAGACUUUUAAUUUCCUUCUGGCUCUUGACAGACAAUGUUCCAGUAGUUCAGAGGAAAAGAGUGGCACAUUAACAGUUACGUUGUAACAAAACGACCACAUCUGGCUAAUUGAUGAUCGUAUUUCUUUUGCAUUGGAUAGCUAGCUAUGGUAAUGAAGCACCAGAAACAGCAAUUAUAGAGAGAUCAUCUGUUCAGAGCUGAAAGGGUGCUAUCUCUCUCCGUAUACAUGACUUAAUGCCCUUCUGGCUCUCAACAAAUGAAAUGUAGAUUCUCCAGAUGAAAUUUUGUUGGUUAAAAAGCUCCAGUUUGGGUAGCACUGUAAUUCACUAUAUACAUAGUACUACUUAUAAAACAGGAUUUUGAUUUAGUCAGAUUUUAGUUGCAGGAGCAGAGAAUGGAAGUAUUGACAAUUCUGGAAGAAAAUUAUGAAAUGCAUACAUUUUCUUCCACUUUCUAGAAGACAGUUCAUAUCAAAGACGCUUGCAAUUUGUUUCUUCAGGUUCAAAUAUAUGUUUGUUUGUAAUUAUGAUCUCAAAGGUACUCCUGAUAUCAUUGGUUUAAUCUUUUCAAUUCAAAUAGAAUGUUUGUUUAUUUGUUGUGUCUUGUCUGAAAUAAACUGUAUAUAAGAAAUACAUAACCUACUGGUACUUUUAGUUAAUUACUGCAUUGUGCAAUAAUAAUAAUAAUCCAUUACAUCUGUUUCUCUAUAGUAAAUGAAGUAAUUUAUUCUCGUUUCAACAUGAAAUAUUUAGAGUACUUUCAUAUAUGUCUGUAAGUAUUGAUAUCUUCUGUCUGACUGACUGACUGUGCCAAAUGAUACAAGUUGUAAUGGGUGUUGGAUGUUUGGCCAUACGUGAAUUGAUACAUUUCCUUGUGACUUGUUCAAAGAUUUUUUUGCUUCUUUUUAUUUGUAUAAAGGAAAGAACACACAAUGUAGGUUUAAGAUGCAGGUUCUCUGUUGUUUAGAGGAGAAGGGAUUGAGAAAAUAUUAUUGAUUAAAGUAUAAUAUGAAAAUAUCAUGUCUUUCUUUUAAUUCGACGGACCACUGAGAUGAUCUUUUUUCUUUCAAUAACCAUUUCCUCUAAGAAACGUUUUGAAUGGUAGUUUACCACUGAACCAGUACCAUUUGAUUAAUGUAGUUGUAUUUGAUGGGAUCUUGAAAAUUACAAACAAAUCGUCUUCUGAUAACCAGAAGCAUGACAUCAUAUAUUGUAAUAAAUAGUCAGCAAUGGCCUAUUUUCUUGAAAGUGACCAAACUUAAACUUGGCUCAACUUUCUCCUCUUUUUUGUGGAAGGCUUACUGUAACCUCUAAAUGCCAUAUAAACUAUUGUAAAAAUGUUACAGAAUAAGGAAUCAUUUCAAUUUUGGUACCCCCCAAAAAGGGAAUUUGGAGAUUUUGUUGUACUGUCAUUGCAGAGUGGUGGUAAUUUAUACAGGUUAAGAGGUUGACAUGUGGUGUUUCCUAAAUCAAUUGACUAAAUCUACACACUUGUGCAGGGUUUUAAUAUGGCUGUCAGUUAAGGCAGGUUUUUCUAAAUUUGAAUAUGGGCUCUCUGUAUUGCUCUCCACAGACAAAAUCUUAUAAAUUAAAUGUUUAGAUGUGAAUUAACAGGUGAUUAUAUAGUGAAAAUUAGAAAUUGUUGUCUUUAAAAAUUACGUUUUUAACUGCUAAUUUUUUUGACAGCCAAUAAUCUUUGGAUCUAUUUCAUGAUUCAAAGUCAAUGUAAGGGCAUUCUUAGAAACAAGAAUGUGCAUUUAUGUAAGAUAUUUCUCAUGUCUUUGUAAAAUUUGUACACGGUAUACCUUUAUAUAAUAAUACAUUCCUGAGUCAAAUCUUCCAUCUUUCAUUUUGUCACAAGUCAAUAUUGUAAAUAGGCCCCUCUGCACCUUUCUCUUCCUUACAAAAAUAUAAUAAUUUACGAACAUUUGCUCAAUGUAUAUCAAAAACCCAGUGCUAUAGCUGGUAUAUAUAGCUUCAGUGCAUUAAGGUGAACAUAGAUAUACUUAUUGCAUCAUAAAGUGUAAAGUUACCAUUUUUGUUGAAUACUUCCUUUGUAUACAUUUCUAGCUAGA